AUGCAUCUCUUCUCCGUCAUGAAAUUUCUCCAUGCGCAGGCCACCAUGGCUGGACUGCUUUACUACACCCCAGCAGCUCCAGCCCCAGAGUUGGCUCCCGCCUUUGGUCCAGAACGAGCCGGCUUACGCCUCGACGAGCGCUCCAUCGAAAUUACUGUCAACGCCCCCGCGGGCAAAAUUACCGGCCGCCGAUCAAUGCUCAACAUCGAAUCUUUCAACGCCGUCCCCUAUGCCGAACCUCCGGUCGGUCCCCUUCGUCUUAAGCCACCCAAGAGACUAUCAGCUCCGCGCGUUGUCGAUGCCACUGGCAUCGCCCCGGCAUGCUCCCAGAUGCUCAUUCCCUCGAACAGCAAAGAUGCUUUGAGCAAGAUUCUCGGCACCGUCUUGGAUCUCCCCUUACUUCAGACGGUCACUGGCCAGGAGGAUUGCUUGACUGUCAACGUUCAGCGACCUGCGGGUACGAAAGCAGGUGCAAAGCUCCCCGUCCUGUUCUGGAUCUACGGCGGCGCGUUCCAGACGGGAAGCACCAACAUAUACGACGCAACUAGUCUUCUAGUCAAUGCUGUGGCGCUAUCACAGCCAUUUGUCUUCGUCGCAGUGAACUACCGCCUCGGUGGCUUUGGAUUCUUGGCCGGCAAGGAGGUCCUUCAAGAUGGCAGCGCCAACCUCGGACUGCUUGACCAACGAAUGGGUCUUGAAUGGGUUGCUGAUAACAUCGCGGCCUUUGGGGGUGACCCUUUCAAGGUUACGAUUUGGGGCGAGUCAGCAGGGGCCAUCUCCAUUUUCGAUCAGAUGAUCUUAUAUGGAGGCAAUGCGACCUAUAACGGAGAGUCGCUCUUUCGCGGGGCAAUAAUGAACUCGGGUAGCAUUGUACCAGCCGAUCCAGUUGACUGCCCCAAGGGACAAGCUACAUAUGAUGCCGUUGUCAACAGUGCCGGCUGUUCUGGUGCUCAGGAUACAUUGCAAUGCCUUCGGCAAGCUGAUUAUAAGACAUUUCGGAACGCUGUCAACGCCAUGCCAUCUGUCUUGUCUUACAGUUCUGUUGCGCCUGCAUACCUCCCACGGCCUGACGGCAAGGUUAUUCCCGAUACUUUGGAAAGACUCAUUGAGAGUGGGAAAUUCCACGCUGUGCCUACUAUCAUCGGAGACCAAGAGGAUGAAGGUACUCUCUUUUCCAUCUUCCAGUACAACGUGACAACAGCGAGCGAUAUGACCGACUAUCUAUCCGAAGUAUUCUUCAGCAAUGCCCCGCGGGAGCAGCUCAAGGAGCUCGUCGCCUUUUAUGAGCCCCCCAUCUUGGAAGGAAGUCCGUUUCGAACCGGGCUCCUUAACGAACUGUAUCCUGGAUUCAAGCGUGUCGCCGCGAUGAUAGGUGAUCUGACCUUUACCUUGACUCGGCGCGCCGUCUUGAGUGGAAUGUCCAAAGCCAAGCCAGAUAUGCCCAUGUGGUCAUAUCUCUCAUCCUACGGAUACGGAACUCCGUUUUUCGGCACAUUUCACGGCACAGAUGUUCUUCGAGUCUUCCUCGGUCUUGUGCCCGAUAAUGCCAUGAGAAGUUGUCGCGCAUAUUACUUCAACUUUCUCUACAAUCAAGAUCCGAAUAAGGGCACUGCCUCGUAUGCAAAGUGGCCACUGUGGACGGAGAGCAGAGACCUCAUGUGGUUCCGGACGGGCUGGUCGAAUGGCAUCAAGAAGGAUGACUUCAGGAGCCAAGCAGGGAAUUGGAUCGAACAAAAUCAGGAAAUUUUGCAUGUGUAG